GACCCGCCGCAAAUGGUGCGAGAGUCUUCCUCCCGUUGUGAAAGCGACAACGUCGACAGCCGAACCGCACCCGCGCACCGUCGCCUACAACGCUGCUAACCAUUUUGCCGUCCAAGGAUUACGCCGAACAUCGCGUCGUCGACGCCAGCGAAAGUGCCGCGAUAUUAUGCGAAGAUUAUUAUUACUGUGUUUAUCUUUUCGGUUUGUUUUAUUUUUGUUAAAAUAAUCUGUUGUCGCUCAUUUAAUAAACGGCCCACGGGUCUCUACCCUCAAAACCAGUGUCGACCACAUUUUUGCGACAGCGGAGAAUUAAAUGCCGAAAGCAAGGAUUCAUUAAUAAAGUAUUUUAAUACAAAUAAAACAAAUAGACGUUUAACCUAUAAGAGUUUUACAAGACUAUUUAACAGUUUUAAAUGGCUACAUGGUAUGGAGGAUAGUGAUAUCGACAAAUUAUUCACGGAUGAAGUCAAAAACAAAAAAGGAUUAAUGAAUUUGAAUAAAUUUUUGAAACAAUCGACGAAGUGUAUCAAAAUAACUGAAUCUCUGUAUAAGUUGCGUUAUAAUAAUUCUCUCAACGAAGAAAAGAAGAUGACUUUAAAUGAAUUAAAAAAAGUUCUUGUAGUAAAAGAACUCGAUAUCACAGAAGAACUAGUUACUACAUUAAUAACAGAUUAUAAAUUUACAAACGAACAAGAUAUCAGCAUGGAAGAAUUCAGAAAAACAUUUGUGUCAAUAAUGUAUAACCAAAUCUAUACCAUACCAGUUAAAAUUGCAUUACAAGAAAUGAGAAGAAUAAUUUAACUACAAAUAUAUUUAGAAUUUUAAUACAAAUUAUUACGUUAUAAAUGUUUUCUAAAUUAUUUGAUAGUCUAAAAUAUUUAAAGAAUAAAACAAGAUAUUAUUUUACCAGACUAGAUAAAUAAAAAAAAUCAAAAAUGUGUUUUAAUUUAAAAUUUUAAAUAUCAUUUUCAUUUGUCAUUCAAAAUAUUUUUUUCUUCAAAUACUAAACAAUAUGUGCCUAUUAAAUUAUAUCGUCAAAUAAAACUAAAAAAUA